UCGGCCAAGGCUGAGAAGGUGUAUCUCGGGUUUGAUUUUUGCCGUAGCACGUAGCGGCGAUUUAGUAAUCUUCAGACUGCGGUUGGUGGUGUGUCGGUCUGCAGUUUCGUUAACGCGGAGAUAUUUCAGAGCUGCACAGUUUCAUCACUGAAUAACGAUGAUUUAUCAACGAUUGUUGUGCUUUGUGACGAUUAUUGCACUGCUCAGCAUAGCGUGCGGCCAGGAUGACAAUUUCGAGUUAUCAAUAAUUCACAUCAACGAUUUCCAUGCGCGUUUCGAAGAAGUUGACAAUAGCAGCGUAACCUGCGAUUCGUCCGAUGGAACUGCUUGCGUAGGAGGAUACGCUCGGAUGGUAACGGUGGUAAAAGAACUUCUUGCCACCCGAACAAAUCCGCUGUACUUGAACGCCGGUGACAACUUCCAGGGCACUUUGUGGUACAACUUGCACGGGUGGAAUGUGACAGCUGAGUUUCUCAACAUGCUCCCGGCGCACGCUAUGACACUUGGAAAUCACGAGUUCGAUCAUGGACUUAGUGGUGUGAUACCAUUCAUGGAUGCAAUCAAAUCACCGCUUCUCAUGGUAAAUGUGGACAGCAGUGACGAGCCCGAAUUUGGACCUUUUGAAAAGUCUAUGAUUACUGAAAUUAACGGAAGGAAAAUUGGUAUCAUCGGUGUUACUCUUUCUAAUAUGUUAGAGUUUACGGCGGCUGGCAGUACCGGAAAACUGAUUUUUGAAGAUGAAGUAGAAACAGUUCGGGCAGAAGCGGAAAAUUUGAAUGCGCAAGGAAUCGAUAUUAUAGUUGUCCUGUCGCACUGUGGUAUCGAAACGGAUAUUAAGAUGGCAGAACUUUGUGGGCCGCAUAUCGAUAUUAUUGUUGGUGGUCACUCACACACAUUCAUGUACACGGGAGAUCAUGACAUCCCUGCCUCAGCUAAAUACGAUUACCCAUUGAUUGUAAACCAAUCAGAGAGUACUCACCAGGUUUUGAUCGUACAAGCAGCUGCGUAUACAAAGCUUGUCGGCGACAUCAGUCUGUUUUUCGAUGCAAACGGAAUUAUUCAAAGCUUUGAUGGAAAACCGAUCUUUCUUAGUCCAAAUGUUGUACCAGCCCCUGAAAUUGCCGCAGCACUUGUUCCUUGGAAAGAAUCCGUUGAUGAAGUCGGUUCACGACGCAUCGGUUUUACCUCUGUUGAUUUGUCCAAGUCAAAUUGCGGGAGAGCUGAGUGCAACCUGGGGAGUUUUAUAGCGGACUCGAUGGUGGCAGCAUUUGUUCAGUUCAAACAGCCAGGACAAUGGACGUAUGCAGCCAUUGCCGUUAUUGCUACUGGAGGAAUUCGUGUCAACAUGCCUAAAGGAGAACUGAAUUUCAAAAACCUCAUAGAGGUUCUACCGUUUGAAAAUUUUCUAACCGCUGUUGAGUUGCGUGGAGAUCGGUUGCUCGGUGUACUGGAAUAUGCCGUGGAAAAAACUAAUGAUGGAGAGGAGUUUAGCGCUAUCAAUAUGCUGCAGGUGUCCGGUCUACGCGUGGUGUACAACGUGACCAACCCGGUCGGUCAACGGGUUCUCUCCGUUGAAGUUCUAUGUUCGGAAUGUAUGAUUCCCAAAUACGAACCAUUGGAUGCACUGAAAUACUACCAAGUCGUGACGAACUCGUUCAUCGCCGGUGGAGGCGAUGGUUUUACUAUUUUCCCCGAAUUCGGUCGGACUAAAUUGACUGGACCAGUUGACAUUUCGGCAUUUGAAGAGUACACUAAGCAACGGUCUCCGAUUGUGCAGGGAGUUGACGGCAGAAUUAAGGUGUACACGUAAUAUGUGACAAUCUUUAUUGUUUUAGUGACAAGAACAAAUGCAAGUAGUUGGACGGAUUGAAUGAUUAGACCGUGCCCUCAUGAUAUCAAUAAAUGAAUGACGUUUUUUGU